CAGGCGGUACAAGCAUUCAGAAUUUUACUAGUUUCUGGCAAGUUAUAGAGCAGAUUCGAAACCCGUGUCAUGCGGGGCUUGUUUGCUCCUGAAGUAUACAGCGGAGACAGUUCUAUUCUCGCGGGCCCGAGCGGCCCUACAUCUGAAGCUGACGGCAUAAAACGUGCCAAUCUACAUCAGGGACGAUUCUGACCGUGAUUCAGGUCGGAAUCAAGGUAAGAAUCGGUCUGAUAUGCGUCCGUACACCAGUGGUGGACAAUACGACUCGAGGGCAAUAGUCACUAAUUUCAACCUGGGAAAUCGUAGUUUUCCAAAACACGUUGACGCUUUCGCUCGGAAAUUCCAUCUUUUGUCCGGGAGACCUCGAUUCGAAAACUAUCAGUCAAUCGCGCCAGGGUUACAAGCAGUUGAUUACUAGCGAGUUGACUGCAGGCCACGCUUGGGCGAAGGAGGCGUGGAUCAGAAAUACGAUUGAGGAAUCCAAGCAAUCAUGACCAUGCUGCAGGACUGAAAACAAGACCAAAAGCUUCAGACCUUUGACGGAUCGGCAAUGCUCCGGUGCUUUGGCGCUUCGGCGCUGGUAGGUGGGUGGCCGAGAACUGACAAAGGGUUGACAGUAGAUACGCGUCUCCUGUGAAACUAGAGGCCGCUCUCGUUGGUCAACUUGCCGGUCAUUUUGGAAUGGAGUAUCAGUUAUUAUCGUCAGCAAGAUGAGAUUAAUCUAGAAUAUGAGUAUGUAAUUGUGCUAUAGACUGUCCAGCGAGACAUGAGAACGAAACACGCGAUGGUCAGUGGGUUGACUUUCACUUCAGUCGCUCAUAUCAAUAUUCAUUUUGAAAAUGAGUAUCUUAUUCAUUCUUGCAGUUCUCACUGGAAAAGGAAUGUUAACCGAAAGAACUUUCACUACGGGCCCACAUAAGUAUACCUAAGACACCAUGGAAAGAUCAGUGAAUACGGUAGGUGUUACUUCUAAGAAGCAACAGCUUUCACAUUGAGGUUAUUGCUCAAUGUGAAAGCAACGACUGCAGUUCCACGAAAGUGAGAGAAGUCUCGAUUGAAGACGGCAGGAAUAUUCACCCAAAGCUCACGGCCUUGAGGAUGAACGUUAAAUAUGUUCGUUCUAGGUUAGUCACGAAAGUAGGUUGUGACUUGUUUCCUCUGAAGGUCUCCGAUCUCAGUUAGCAUAAGUUGUGUUGGGGAGAAGGAGACGACUGCAGACUGGUAUGUCGAUCGAACGCCAACAUUGCAGGGACAAUAGCUUGGCAGAUACAUCAGUAGCAGUAUGUUGAGUAUGAACACAGAUCUCAUUUCUGAAGUAAAAUACUCACCAGCAUGCAGUUUGUGA